AUGAGUAUUCCAGUUCCAAACAUGUAUCAAGUAUAUCUUGUUUGUAGCAUAGCAUUGGAAUGUGGAGUGGAGCCCAUUGGUGAACCUAUGCUUAGCUGGCUCCAACCUCUUUUUAUGGACCUUGUCUCCCUCUCUACAAGUAAAAGCCUUUUCACUCCAAAAACUCUUCAAUUCUUCUUUUUCAACUCUCUCUCUCAGAUCUAUUCAAUCUCAGAUCAACAUCUUUUUCUUCUUCUUCUUGUUGUUGUAGUUUUCUGUGGAUCACCGUCAUCAUCGUCGUUGUCAUCAUCGUCAUUGUCGUGGUGA